CAACGUCAACGUGCUGUCCUGUUGCCCAGCCUCGACACUCGGUUACAGAAAAAGGCACCCCUCCCACUCCUGCCUCCCUACGUACUGUAGAGGCCCUACGCUAUAUACAUAGUUCUAACCCCCCGCCACGCAGUUGAACCCCCCGUCAACGCUUCCCCCCCGCCAUCAAGUCAUGACGGGAAGUGGAACGGGAAGAGGAAGAGGGAAGAAACGCCCAGCAACGCCAUCUCAAAGUCCCAGUGCCAAGAAGAAGAAGGGGGAGAGAGGUACCGACGCGCUGCAGCCUACGAUACAUGCGUUCUUUGGGGGCGGGACGAAGAGCGGUGGUGCGGGGAGUCAGGGACAGGACGACCGGGAACAAGUACCGGAAGCAGUGCUGAAAGGCGACCAGUUUGCAGAAUGGGAGGAAUGGCCGCCGGAAACCUGGCAUCAAAAGCUUCAUCCGACACCUACUUCCGACAGCAGACCCAUUUCGGAAAGCUCUGUGCCACCACGUUCCGAUGACGAUGAAGAUAGGCAUGCGGGCGGCACAUCCGAUAUAUUAGCGACAUUCGAUACGGAUUCAGCACCGGCCCAGGAUUCGAUACCACCACCACACAACCCCCCUCCACCAUCCUCCGCCGCACUCCCACCAUUACCACCCCCAAUCCUCACGCUAAGCAGCACAUCCGAUCCCCCACCCUCCUCCCCCACCCCAGACAUCCGGUGCGACAUCCCACCACCGCAAUUCGACGCCACAGCACUCCCAGCAUACUGGACACCCGGCUCGCCGACGCCGUACCGCUGGCUCGCGGACCAGUUUGCCCUUGUGGAGAAGGUCACGGGCAGGCAAAUAAUCACAUCAGUCCUAACCAACAUGCUCCGCACAAUCAUCUACACCUCCCCCACCGACCUCCUCCCGGCCCUCUACCUCUGCUCCAACUCCAUCGCGCCCCCUUACAAAGGCAUCGAACUCGGUAUCGGCCCGCAAAUCCUCCUAAAGUCAAUCACAGCGAUCUCAGACCUCCCCACGAAAUCGAUCAGGCAGGCGUGGGAACAGAAGGGCGACUGGGGCGAUGUGGUUGUGGGCGCGAGGAGGGGGGUGGGGACUCUAGCAAUGGGGAAGUCUCUCCGGGGGAGGCUUACCGUGCAGGAGGUGUAUAAAACCCUCCACCGCAUCGCGGCCCUCCGCGGCGCUGGGACCGUGAAUGCAAAGACGGAGCUGGUGAAGAAGGUCAUGGUUGCUUGUCAGGGCGAGGAAUUGAGGUACCUCACCCGCACGCUCGUCGCGCAUCUGAGGAUCGGCGCCGUGCGGACCACUGUGCUUAUUGCGUUGAGUCAUGCCAUCCUGCUGGAAAAGAGCCUGACCCCCGCCGAGGUGCGCGGGAUGAAGGCCGACGCGUUGAAGGCGAGGAUGAAGGGCGCUGAGGCGGUUUUGAAGGAAUGCUACGCCCAGGUCCCCAACUACGAUAUCAUCGUCCCGCUGUUGAUGGAUCCGGCGGUCGGGUUGGAGAGGAUCGGGGUUGAGUGUAAGUGCAUCCCCGGCGUGCCUAUCCGGCCUAUGCUCGGGAAGAUCACGCGGGAUCUAGCGGAAGUCUUUGAAACAAUGCACGGCCUCAACUUCUGCGCGGACUGGAAAUACGACGGCCAACGCGCCCAAAUCCACCGCACCUCCACGGGCCAAGUGCACCUCUUCUCCCGGCACCUCGAAACCAUGACCGACAAAUACCCCGACAUCGUCGCGCUCGUCCCGUCCGUCUGCCGCGAAUCGACCACGUCGUUUAUAUUGGAUGCCGAGGUGGUGGCUGUCGAGGAGGGGCAGGGGGAGGGGGAGGGAAAGAAAUAUACCGUAGCCUCCUUCCAGACGCUUUCGAACCGCGCACGCAAGAACGUCCAUGUGAGGGAUGUGAAGGUGCAUGUAUGUGUGAUGGCGUUUGAUUUGAUGUACUUGAAUGGGAGGAGUCUGAUUGAAGAGAGUUUUCGAACGAGACGGGAUGCGAUGCGCGCGGCGUUUGCGGAGCUGGAGGGGGGGUUUGGGUUUGUUCCGCAGCUGGAAUCAAAGGAUCCGGACGAGGUUCAGGCUUUCCUACAUCUGGCCCUUCAAUCCGGAUGCGAAGGCCUCAUGGUUAAAAUCCUCGACUCCCCACCCCCCAGCCUCACCGCCACCCUCCCACGGCACCUCUCAACCUACGCGCCGGACAAGCGGUCCCAAUCCUGGCUCAAAGUUAAACGCGACUACCUGACCUCCCUCGCCGACUCGUUCGACCUCGUCCCCAUUGGCGCGUGGCACGGGAGUGGCCGGAAAGCCGGGUGGUGGAGCCCGUUCUUGAUGGCGUGCGUCGGCGCGGAUGGACGCGUGGAGAGUUUUUGUAAAUGUAUGAGUGGAUUUACGGACGCGUUUUAUAAGGAGAACAAGGAACGAUACUCGCACGAAAACCACACCCUCCUCCCCGCGCCCAAACCCUACUACGUCGUCCACGAGAGCAUGCGCCCCGACGUCUGGUUUGAGCCGCUUGAGGUGUGGGAACUCCGCGGCGCCGACCUGACCGUCUCGCCCGUGCACCAGGCUGCGAUGGGACGCGUGGAGGCUGAUAAAGGGAUCAGUUUGAGAUUCCCCCGCUUCAUCCGGAAACGCGAGGACAAGAAUGUGGAGGAUGCGACGGGGCCUGAUGAGAUCGUUGAGAUAUUUCAUAGGCAGCGUGUAAGGGGUCCGCCUGCUGCGGGGGAUCUGGGUGGCGGGGAGGGGGACGGGGACGGGGAGGAGGGGAUUGAGGAUGGGGACGGGGACGGGGAGGAGGAGGGGGACGGGGAUGUGGAGAGGGAGGAUGGAUGA